AUGGUCAAAUCACUACUGUUUGAUUUGGAGAAGGGGACGGGACCUGUGCUCGAACUUCUUCGUUCGGACGAGGUGAUCCAGACGGUUGAGUACAUUCGUGUCGAGUACUGGGGAGAUGGCAACGUCUUGGUAUCGGACGACGAGCUGAUUGUCAUUUUUGGGAUCAUUGGCUCGUUGCCAAGGAUUAGGGAGCUCCGCAUCGAAUUUGACGAACUCCCGUUGCCAGCACAAGCCCUACGAAACGCCAUGGCGCACCCGUAUAGUCGCAUUCGCUACAUAGCAUUGGAAGAUGUGAGGCUAUCGGGAAGCCUGGCUGAUUUUGAGGACGUAGCCGACGCGGUGAGACGAAGUGCAUCGUUGAAAACGUUUCGAAUGUACCGAUGUGGACCGUCCCCUGAAACCAGGGCAACUCUAGACCCGAUCAUAACAGCAUUGUCGGAUAUUCCCACGUUGAAGGAUGUCACUCUGAGCACCACGCACUUGUCUCCGGAGGCGUUGGGCGCUCUUGGUCGUUCCAAGUCAUUGGAGACUGUUUCUUUGGAUCACAUGACCAUAUCGGCCUUGCCAUUGGCCGAGUUGUGUCAAUCCCAGAGCAUUAAGGACCUCAAGUUCUGGGGGAUGCCGGAGAUCAACGACGACAUUUCCUCCAUGGAAUCAGCACUUGCAAUCAACAACAGUUUGAAGAUGCUUCGGGUUCGCUACUGCCAUUUGAACCAAAACUCGGGCGUGCACAUCGCCCGCAUGAUUGCGGCGAACAAGACGCUCGAAAGCAUCACUCUAGAGAACAUGAACUGGAGGAACUUUGGUGGUCCUAUUCAAAAAGCGUUGGAAAUGAACAAUACCUUGAGGAGCCUUUCCUUGUCCAUUGACAGCAAAGACUUGCAAAACAUCUCCAAUGACGCACAGCAAAUCGCACUCGGUCUCGAGGUCAACAUUGGCUUGCAAAGACUCCGCCUCCUGUUCCGGGAUGUCUCUCUUAACGACAUCCAGAAGGCGUUCCUUGGCCCCAUCACUGGCAUGCUCCGAAAGAACUAUACUCUCGAGAGUCUCUACUUGAACAAUGGCACCCUUGCCUUGAGCCCAGAGGUUGACUUUCUACUCAAGUUGAAUCGCACAGGAAAGCGCCAUUUACUCUACAAGCAUGCUCCGAAUGGAGAACUCAUGGACAUGCUAGCAGCUUACAGUGGCGACCCCAGCAUUACUCACUACGCUCUCACCAUGAAUCCGGCCCUGUUUCACGUCUAA